ACAUAUAUGUCAUCAAGAAACGAUGUUGUUUAUGUCCGUCUAGAUGUAAGAGGGUCCAAGGGACAAAGCAAAAAAACACUGUUCCAUCAUUUAGGAGGAGUUGAAGUGGUAGAUCAAAUAUCCGUUUUAAGGUAUUUGCUUGAUACUAUAGGAUUUUUAGAUGAAACUAGAGUAGGUAUGUGGGGUUGGGGCUAUGGGGGAUAUGUUACAUCGAUGGUUCUUGGUACACAACAGGACGUAUUUAAAUGUGGAAUUGCUAUAUCUCCCAUUGCUGAUUGGCUCUAUUAUAAUUCAGCCUUUACUGAACGUAUAUUGGGUCUUCCUAAUGAGAACUAUAGAGGAUAUGUUGAAGCAGAUGCUACUCAGCGAGCACGUCUAAUAAAAUCAAAUUCAUAUUUUUUAAUUCAUGGAUUAGCAGACACAACUGCCCCUUUCGUUCACGGAGUGCAAUUAGCUAAAUCAUUAACAAGCGCUAAUAUUCUUUUUCGAUAUCAGACUUAUGCAGAUGAAGGUCACGAAUUAAAUGGUGUACUUGAACAUGUAUACUCUUCUAUGGAGCAAUAUUUUGGAGACUGCUUAAGCCUGGAUCCAGAUGAUACAAAACCCGACCUAGUUCCAAGCAUGGUUCCAGCUGAAUAAACUAAAAUAUAAUAACAUUAACACUACC